AUGCAUGCCGAGAAAAAGGCACUACAUUCACCAAGACGAGGAUCACAAGACCGAUUUACUGAAAACACGGCCGCCUCGACGUCGAGAAAGCCCUCCCCCGCCACGACCGGCUUCAGAAAUGGUGCAAACGGAAAUGGCCGAAGGAAGGAGGUUCUGAAUGAAGGCGAAUUGUCGCCUCCGCUGCGGGCCGAGGGACAGACGGCGACUUCGGCAGCAUCUCCCGAUCGCACGACUUCGCCAUCACGCGGCCGACGGCGACGUCGCGCCCGCCGACAGACCUUGCCCGUGGCGGAGGGCGGAACUCUGAUCGAGGCGGCAGCGGUUGGCAUCGGAGGUCCUGUACCAUCCCCGCAUCUCCGACCAACCCACCCACACGGUCACGCAGUCGCCGCGCUGCAGACGGGCGCCUCCAUCAGCCGCUCGCGCAGCCUGCCCCUGGGCAUGGCCGCCCACGCUGCCCCGCCCGAGCAGUCGGCCUUGCUGCUGGCGGCCAAGACAGGCCAGACCGCUCUUCUCACCCGUCUUCUGGCCCAGGGCGAAGACGUCAACGUCCGCUCGUUCGGCAGCAACCCUCUGCACUGGGCGUCGUACGAAGGGCACGCGGGUUGUGUGGAGGCCCUGCUCAAGGCCGACGGCAUCGAUAUCAACUCCAAGGAGUCCGAACACAGGACCCCACUCGCCCUAGCAGCGCGCAAGGGACACAAGGAGUGCCUCCAGCUACUGCUGGCCGCCGGCGCCGAUAUCGAUACCAAGAACAAGUGGGAGGAGACUCCGCUGUCGAAAGCAGCGGCCUACAACCACAUCGGAUGCGUGCAGCUGCUGUUGGACCACGGGGCCGACCCCAACUGCGUGGAUCUCUGGCUGGAGACCCCCCUCUACAAGGCAACGGUCAAGGGGCACGUCGAGUGUAUGCGAAUACUGCUCGAGGGCGGCGCUGAUGUAAAUAGGGCGAACGAGCUGUGUCUCACGCCCCUGCACGCGGCCGUGAUGGGCGGUUGGUUGGAGUGCGUGGAGCUCCUGCUUGCGCACGGAGCCGAUCCCGAGGCCAUGGACGGCGAGGGCCGGACGCCUGGCCACAUCGCGAAGGAGUACAGCUUCGACGACCUCAUCGACAUUUUGAACAAGGCGGUGAGGGAGAAGAGGCUCGAGGAGCUCGAAGCCAAGGGUGUCAAUAGCUGGACUUCGAAAGAGGUCGGGGAGUGGAUCGAAUCCGUGGGCUAUCCCCAGUACAAAAUCAAUUUUACAAAAAAUCACAUCACGGGCAGCGUAUUGCUGCAGAAGCUGGACAUGGAGGUGCUGAAGAAGGAGCUGGGCAUCACCUCCUACGGAGCGCGCGCUGAGAUACUCGAUCGCAUCGCCUCCAUCCCGUACCAGCGCCGCAAGCGUGCGCUCCGGCCCUCCAGCGGCAUACACAACAUCGGAGACAAGAUCGUUACGAUCGACCACUCGGAGCUGGUUUUGUUCGAGUCAAUUGGCAAGGGCUAUUUCGGCGAGGUGAAGCGAGCAGUGUGGAACGGCACGGAGGUGGCGGUGAAGAUCAUCUACAGGAACACCUACAAGGGCGAUUUCUCGAUGUUCGAAAAGGAGGUCAUAAUUCUCAGCCAUAUCCGACAUCCAAACGUGUUGAUGAUCCUGGCCGUGACACGAACACCGGAAGGGAACGCGAUCAUCACGGAAUACAUGAGCGGAGGUUCUCUGCAUUUGCUGGUGCGAGACUGCUUCUUCACGCUCGAGACCCAGCCGGGGCUGCGACAUAAAAUCGUGUCGGACAUUUGCAAGGGCAUGGCCUACCUGCACGCCAAUAAGCCCAAGCCGCUGCUGCACAGGGACCUGACCAGUCACAACAUAUUGUUGGACCGCAACCUCAUCACCAAGGUGGCCGACUUUGGUCUGUCCCACGUCAAGCAGGACGCCAGCAACAAGACCUACGGCAUCGGCCAGAUUCCCUGGAUGGCUCCCGAAGUCCUUGAAGGGGAAAUCUACACGGAGAAGGCCGACGUGUACUCGUUUGGGUGCAUUCUGUACGAGCUGUGGACCGGCAAGGAGCCCCACGCCAGCAUGAUCGACCCGGUCGCGUUCGGUGAAGCCGUCAAGCUGGGCUACCGCCCCGACGUCCCCGCGUGCGUCCCGUUGGGCUGGCACGACCUGAUCGACUCGUGCCUCAACCAGGACCCCGCGCUUCGACCGCACUUCAGAGACAUCCUCCAUCUGCUUGACAGUCUCCACGACGAUGGAGGCGAGAGCGGGCCAGCCCCGGACCCGCUCGGUAGCCUCGGGUCGGGGCAGUCGGCCACCGUCGCCGUUGGCUGGAGCGGUGCCGCCCACGGGGUGGAGGGAGCCAUCGACUUCAGCCCGUGCUACAUCGACGAGGCCGAGCACCUCAGCGGCGGCGGUGGCGGCGAAAGCUUCAGUGCCGGCAGCGCGAGCAGCGGAGGCGGCGCAGGGAUGGCGAUGAUGGUGACCAUGAUGAGUGGCGCCUCCAUCGGGAGCCACACCUCGUCGGGCUACAUCGGGGACGACUAG